AUGAAUUUUUUUUCGAGAAAACCCAAUAUAAGGAGCACGAAAUCUGAAGUUCUCCACAAAGCAAACAACAAUAAUGUUAGCUGUAACAGUGUCAGCGGUAACAGUGUGAACGGCAACAAUGUCAUCGACAACAGCGUUAGCGGCAACCCUGUUGGGGGAAACCAUCUCAGCAGCGACCAGGUCGGUAGCAACCAGGUCGGCACCCACCAUAUCAACAGUCACCAUAUCGGCAGUCACAACGUAGGCCAUAACGGAAAAAUGCAAAAUGGCGCGGGAAGUGGCAAUUUCCUACUUGAAGAUAGCAACGGAUUCGCGUCCUCCAACUGUGACGCGGAUAAAAGGUCAGAAAUCCACUACAGUAACAAAGCGUACGACCCGCAGUAUAGCAUGUACAUGAAUAAAAUGGCAAACGGGGUGAGGUCUACAAGAAACCACACGUCUUCCCACAGAAUAUGUUCCCCCAGAUCGCAAUCCAUAAAUUUGUUCGCUCCAAAAGUGAAUAGGACAUCCAACAUAUCGACAAAUUUUGAUGACAGAUUGUCGUACAUUUCGUUUUACACCAAUAACAAAAAAAAACUGAACAAGACGCCCAUCCUGGAGUCUCAUGAUAGCUUCAAAACGCCGGCAAAUUCGCAGAUCGUCGAGCAAUCCCUAGACUUACUUAAACAUCUAGUCAAUCAGGAAAAUAGGGAGCAUUACUUAUCCGCGCAAGAGAAUGAUAGAAAAAAUAAAUUAAUAUUAAAACUAAUCGAUCAAGCUAAAAGAAAUGAUGAAAAAUCAGAACUUUCGCAAGCAGAAUGUGCCAGUAAUAAUUCCAUUGAUAAUUACCAAAGAAGAAUGGACAUGCUACAUUUAAAAUUUAUGAAAUUAAAAAAUGAAUAUUCCCAUCUUAACAACGAAAAUGUUCUCCUAAAAAAACAGAUAAGGAAUAUAAAAGACAAUUAUCAUAUGAUGAAUCCGAAAAGUGCUACUGUGUCCUUCCCCCGGGGACCCAUACAGGAGGAGACGCUUCGAAGUAAUGAUAGCGGGAACAGCAGCAACAUCAGCAAUAUAGGAAACCUCGGUAAUGUAGGCAACCUCGGAAACGUAGGCAAAAUCAGCAACCUUAAUAAUGAACACAACAUGAGACAGCAACAGGGAGGAAGAGUCAUGUUAAACAAAACGACAAGUAUUAACAGCAUACAAUCACCUGUGAUUCCCCCAUUCGAAAAAAAAAAAUUCGUAGACUGUCAAGUCCAAACUGAACCCACCUUAACGGCCCCUAUACCAAACAGGUCCGAUGAUACCAAAAUGGGAGGUUCCAAUUCAAACUUCAACGUGAGUGGGAACAAUUUAAAUUCCAACUUGCUAAAUGAUAAUUAUCUUAGUAAAUUACGAGAACAAAUCAGAAACGAAGUUACAGAAGAAAUCACAAACAAGUUAGAACAAAAAUACAAAGACGAACUGCUCAUGUUGAGACAGACCAUAGAGAAUAACAAGAGGAACAACCAAAAUCUCGCUGAAGAAAUUUCCAUUGAUAACCUUCUCCACAACACUAAGCAUAAACUGGAUGAACAAAUAAAUGAAACGAUUAACAAAUAUAAAAAUAGCCUUUUCGAUCACUUUAAGGAAUUAAUAAAUGCAGCUAGCGAGGGGGGGAAAAGUACAGUUCAGAUGGAUUGCAAGGGGGAUGAAAAUGUUAAUGAUAAAGUGAACAUGUCGAUGGAUAACUUUGCUUCCCUCUCCAUUAACGACAAGAUUAAUGAAUGCAUAAGCUUGUUUGAAAGUAUCACCCAGAAAAAAAUGAGCGCUAGAAAGAUAAAAGAGAAAGGGCUGAGCAACAGUAGUAGCAUAAUCAACGCCCUUAACAACAUCAACGCAGACAUAAACGACAUUGACGAUAUGAUCGAUAACUUGCAUUCAAAUAUCGGACGGACUCAUUUUUCGGACGAUGCAGAGAGCUGCCCAGAAGAAAUGGACCUUUUGGGGAAGGCCACUUCCGUUAGUGACGUUUUAGAGUUCGAGGAGGAGGCCAGUCCUAGAUCAUUAAGUGGAGCGCUUAAGAGUGGCGAAGAAAGCGAACUGAUGGAGGAAGUAACCACCGGCAGGGAUAAGGCGAGAAAAGCCCCUAAAAGGAGAGACAAAAGUGGGGAUAACAUUGACGGUCCAAUGCUCGUUCGUAGCGAUGUCAUCGCAUCGGUUCGUAGUGACCCUGCAGUCCCUGCCGCAAGCGAUGGUGGAACAUCGAAUCGCAAGGGAAGAAAUAGGACCGAGGGAGAGCCCUCUCACAGGAGUAACUUCCACGUGGAUAGCCCCCCACCCGAUGACAAGAUUGACCUGAUGGCCAAUAUGACAAUGCAGAUUAAUCCUUAUUUGGAAGAGACAGAUGAGGGUAGAGAAGAACAUUCAAGCAAGGUAAGAAGUAAAAAUGUGAAUAUGAUGAUGCUUCAUUCGGAGAGUGGCAUGGCAAGUGGUAAUCAUAUCGGCGUGCAUUCCGAUCCACAUUCCAGUGUGCAUUCCGAUGUCCAUUGCGAUGUCCAUUGCGACGUACUAGCGGAUCAUAACGCGCGGGGGGAGCCAAAUGGCCACUUCAUCCAAGCUCCCCCAGCUGCCUACAACACGGGGUACACUGUAGAAGGUAUGGCGGAACCGAGUUUUCACCAUGAGCAGAUGUUCCAUAGAGAGGAAAGCCCUCAUAACUUAGAACCGAACGAUAACAAUGCGUGUGCGAAUCCCAAGGGGGACUUCCCAAAAGGGGAAGACAACGAAGAUAUACCCACACAGUCGACUGAUGAGAAAAGAAAAGAUAGCAUAGACGCUGAAAAGGAAAAAAAAAAAAGCAAAUGGAGAAAUAUUUUCUCCAGCAAAAAAACGAGAAAGAAAAACCUAAGUGACAAUUUCGGCAAUGACACAGAAUUGUGGUCCAAAAAUGAAAGUGAUGAGAAGAAUAUUAAAGGCAACCCCAAUGAGGAAAACUUUUACAACAAUACAAACGGUACUAUAGCGAAUAACAGCUUGUCCAAUAAUGUGCAAAUUGAGGAAGGGGAAAUGGACUUCAUAACGAAUGGGGUAAAUGAUCCCAAGCAAAUUGAAAUCCACACUGACGUAUAUACAUUUGCAAGUACCGGUUAUCCAGCUGACCAGCCGUUUAUGCACCCGUCAGGAGAUGGAAACGGAAUGAAGGCUCCAAAAACUGCAUUCAGAGUGAAUAAGGCAGACGAAAAAUUAAACCACAACGAUGCCAAUGGAAUGAUGAAUAACGCUUUGGCAGUAAAUCGUACCAGUCAUCACUAUGGCGGAUACACCACUCACAGAAGUAACGACAACCAUUUCGACGGUAAGGAAAAGUUUAACCACCCUGAAACCAACCCUUAUGAUGGUAACACCAGUAGAGCUCAAAUGAGCCCAUUUAAUCGCGAAAAUGAUGAAAAUCCAGAAACUAAUAACACGUAUAGUGCAUCAAAUGGAAAUAAUCCAUACAUAUAUCAAAGUAAUAACGAAACAAAAAAUGGACCUAAUUACAAUGCCAAGGGUGACUACGGAGUUAACUGCUCUGUAUAUUCGUACAACCGAGAUGCUAAUAACAAAACGGGUUUUCCCCUACCAAGCGUAGAAAGAUAUGAGGAUAAACCAUUUUAUAUGGAACAAAAUAACAGUAUACAUAUUAUGAACAAUAAUGAGAAGGUGUCUCGAAAUGAUAACUUCCUAUUUAUAGAUAAUAAUAAUAAUGCAUUUGCAAAAUCAACAGAGACUUAUCAAAAUAACCAAACUUCGAACUUCGUCAAUUUUUACCUUGACGAUGUGGAUGGUAAUAAAGUAAAUAGCGGAUUGAAUAGCGCAGACAAGGUGAAUAACCAGUAUGAUUUUUUUUACAAUUUGAGCGAGCCCAAUGGAGCAAGGCAGCAAUACACCCCUUGGGGACAACAAAACAGCAAGACCGCUUGCAUAAACAGCUACAACGGGGAAGGCCAGUUUGGUGAAACGACUGAGAGAAGUGCUCCAAAUUAUUACAGCAAAACGGACAACAUAAAACGAGUAAAUAGCAAUGUAAUAAAUACAGCGAAACACCCCACCAGUGAUUUCUCGCAGAAUGGCCAAGUCAAAUUAUCCACGAAGAGCGAAGUGCACUAUAACUCAUUCAAGGCACAAAAAAAUAAAGCAAAAAAAAAUUUAGAAGACCUUUUUGCCUAG